AAAAUUUACACAGUAGAAAUAAGUGUAAAAAUACACUUGAUUAUAAAAUAUGAGUGAUUCAAAUAAAUCUUACUGGUCAUUUGAAGAGGAACAUUGUUUACCUUACACCACUACUGUUACUAAUACUAUUAGUACUACAACAACUGAUACAUUAACAAUAACUACUACUGCUACUACUGACAUAGAUCAUGUUAGUGGUACAACCGAUGUUUCAUCUGUACAUUUUCCAUUAGUUUCUAUGACUGUUCCAAUUAGUACUUCAGAUGUCAUUUAUCCAAUUCAUAGAUUAGAAAGUCAAUUUUUUGAAAGAACAAUAGAAAGAAGAGGAUUACAACAUUCAGAAGGAUUAUAUAUUGAAAGUACUCCAAUAUGUCAGGAAUUUAAGAAUAUAUUAUAUUUUCCUCAAAGUCAACGGCAAGUACCAUCGUAUACUAUGGAGGUAUCAACCGUAACAUUUGCAGGGUCUUCUCAGAAAUCAACUCCAUAUAUUUCUAAAAUAGAUGAACAUGAAAAGACUCAAGGUUGUAUCACACCAUCAUCUUCCAGCUAUGGUGAACCUAGUAUUUAUCACUUCACUACUAGUCAGAUUGAAGAGGAAUCUAGAUCAAAACCAUCGUACACCUCGGUGAACACAGCAUCUGUAAACUAUGCGCGGAAACAUUCAAGGAGAUCAUUUGAUAUCGAAAGAGAAAAGUUCCCUUAUCAAAGCGGAAUACUUGAACAUCCAUCAAUAUGUCCGUAUGAAUUCUUGAAACAAGAAUCACCCACGAGUACUGAUCCGACUACUUUCACUUCAAAAACCAUCUCACCUAUGGAGAGCAAAGGCAUAAAGUUGCCUGUACCUUUUAUAGAACCAGAGAUUUAUCCCAUAAAAACACAAAAAGAAUCACAUUCGCAAGAACAGAGUCAUACACAGUUCACCAUUUCACCGACACAAAAACCCCUUCUAAGACACUAUUCAGUUCCUGAAGGGCCGAUAUUUGAAAGGCCAGAUAUAUACCAUAUUUCACAUCCAAAAUCAGCCCCGUCUGAAAAAGAUUAUAAUACACCAUACUCCAAAGAUUAUUUUGAUGUUUUUUCUAUUAGCCAGUCAUCUAGACCAUUAAGUACUGAAACGUUUACUAGUUACAUGGCAGAUUUUAGCGCAGCUCCAUCUCUUUCUACUGAACCAGGACCAUCAACAUUGAUGUACAAAACAUUUACCCCCUCCACCGCCACUGUACCUUCCAGUUCAACUAGAAAAAGUUCUGUUGGGGAAUCUUCGGAAAAACGACGAUAUUGUUGUCCUGAAUCACAAUGUGGAAAACGAUUUGCUCGCCCAGAUGAACUCAAACGGCAUCAUAGAAUACAUACUGGAACUAAACCUUUUAUGUGUAAGUACUGUCCACGUUCAUUUGGUCGUUCUGACCAUCUAAGAACACAUACACGUUCUCAUACUGGUGAACGCCCAUAUACAUGUGAAUCUUGUGGACGUAAAUUCGCUCGAUCCGACGAACGUACAAGACAUAAAAAAGUUCACAGUUGUGGCCUAAUUAAGGAGAUUCAUUCAGGUGAAAGCUCGUUUUCUAACAAAACAACACAGAUAUCAUGUCCACAAGAACAAAUAGACACAUAUUCACAUGAACAACUGUUAAGUACAUCAGUAAUUGAUACGUCAAUACAAAGUUCGUAUCUGAGCUCCGUUAUUUUUCAACCAUCUGUUUAUACACCGAUUCCAUGGCAAACAACUUCAAUUGAAUCUAAUCCCACAAUGCCACAAUUGCAUGAUAUUUCAAUGGGAACUUUAUCUCCUUCAUCAAGUUGUCAACCAACACCAAUAUUAGGUCUGCCAUAUUUGAACAUUACAUCAUCACAGCCCAUCAAUACUUUACCUGAGUGGAAAAUAUAUACAAUCACUCCACAAAUUCAUCCAGUUACAACAAGUGAUUCUACAUGAUCAAAAAAUAAAAACAUUUGUCAAUUAUGUAUAUGAUAAAUACAUGCAACAUACAAGUGAUAUAUAUUAGCUAUAUUUUUUAAAUCCUAGUGUUCAUUAGAACAGUAAUAACGAUUUCAUGAUAAAGGGUUUAUUUCAAAUUUAAAACAAUAGUUUAAUGUAUUCAUUUUUACAUCGUUUAAAGAAUAUACUACUUAAUUAUUUUCUAAUUAGGUUUGUUUUCUUACAAUUUAAGUACACUCUAUUCUUUAUUUAUUUUUCUUUCCAUUUUUAUUUUUCUAAAUAACAUAAUAUGAUGUUGUUUAAUAAAUUUGUUGCCUGUGUUCUUUCAAUAAAAUCAUUCAUUCCAUUCAAUAAGCAGAAGCUUUAUGUGAAAUAUGAAAUUAAUCAAAAUAUUCCAUAUUUAUUAGAUAACAUUUAAUUCUAUUGAAUUGAUCUAUUCUACCAUUACAUAAAGAUAAAAAAUAUAGAUUCUAUAAUUUACAACUAAACUAAACAACAAGAUGGCAAUCUUUUCAUUUGCUUAACUUAUUCUAUCACAAUGAUUAUCAUCAUGUUUGCUUAACUUGAUAUUGUUUUGUUCUGUUUUUUUUUAAUGCGAAGAUCCAGUAUUUUCAGUAUUUCAUUACUUUCUUGUAUUUACUAUGCAAUUUAAUCUUCUUUCUAUUGUUAAUUACAUUUCGAAGAGAAUUGCAUUUAAGUAAUGUUUAAAGACUUGCCUUUCUUAUUUCUCUAUAUUCUUUCUUAUCUAUUUAUCAUAGCUUUUUUUAUUAUUCAGAGUACAAAUCUAAUUUUAAGCAAAAACAAUCAUAUUUUAUUAUUUUUUAGUUAUCAACAUUAAAACUUACUAAAUAUUAGAAGGAUAGGUACCAAAUCAAACAAACCAAUAGAAAAAAACAUGAUUAUUUUGACAUUUUAUUUUCACUAUCAAAGCGACUGAUGGAAAUGCAGAUUUUAACCUUCAACUAACCAUCUUAAACAGUUUUUGUUUUUCUUUGUCACUAAAAUCAUUUUUCCCACUGAAUUAAAUACAAGUUUCAUAGAAAUUUAUGCUUUUUACUUAAUUUUAUUUCUGCUAAUUGUGAACAGA